AUGCUCAGGCUCAACCCGACGGUUCUCUCCCUCACGCACGACGAUGUGCUUGCACUCAACAAGAAGAAGGAAGAGAAGCCGAACACCACCAAUGACGAAGAGAACGCCAAUCCGGCUCCCAACACUGAGAAAAUCGAGGAUGCGAUCGUCGAGAUGGGAUGCGGACAAUCCAAGCCAGCAGCUGGACCCGCCCAUGUAUCAGCUGCCCCCGCAACGACCGUGUCGCCAGGUGAGGAGGUUGAGAUAAUGCAGGCUCGCAUCGCUGCUGUGAAGUGUCUGCGGUGUCAGGCGUUUAGUCGUCGGUGCACGCAUCAGGAUGCGCAGACGCCAUGCGAGCAGUGUAGAGCGGAUGGUGAGACGGUUGCGAGACGGUGUCAGUUUCCGUUGGGUUGAGGGUUGCGAAUUGUGGGAUGGGGAUGGGGGUGAUAGAGAGGUGUUUGGGUUUGGGAGAAAUGGGGAGGGC